AUGAAGUCCUUCACCGUCAUGGCUAUCGCCCUCCUCGGCCUCACCAACGCCGCCACCAUCCGCAUCUGCAAGGACCAGACCCUCGGCAACUGCGUCACCAUGGACGUCGGCAGCUGCACCAACUUCCCCGGAAGCAUGAACGACGUCGUCAGCUCUGUUGACACUGGUAGUGCCACCUGCACCUUCUACACUGACGGCAGCUGCGGCGGCGCCUCCUGGACCACCAGAGGCCUCCAGAACACCGUCCCCUCGAACUUCAACGAUAACCUCAGCUCCGUCCGCUGCUAG